AUGAACUCUCUGAACAUCCUAUCGUCGCGGGUCAUUGGGCAGUCCACCAGCUCUUCGCGCCCACGAUCGCAAUCACAGAGCGAAAAGCGGCGCAGAGCAGCACCUGGAGAUUUUGACUUCAGCAAGCAUCGGUCCUACAGCGAGAACAAUUUUCGGUCAGGCUCUGUUGCCUCUGAUCAGAGUUACAAUCAUGCAGCUCCUUACGUGGGGGAUGACGCCUCCGAUGACACAAACCAAGAUUUUGGUGAAAAGACACCUUUGAUGAAUGGCGCGCAGACAGACGAUGUGGUCACUUCCAAGAGUUCAUGGCGCCUUCUCACGAAGCGAAUUGUUGACGCGAUGACCGAGACCCUCCAGUGGAUCCUCUCAACGCUUGCGGCACCUGGUAUCUUUGUUGCGCAAUUUUUCCGAGACAACGACGGGCGCUUCUCAUUAUUUGCACCGGUCAGAUGGAUCUGGCGAAGACCUGUGGGUACACGGGAACGACCGAUUAAAGAAGCAUCACGUAUACAAACCAGGCGAAGAAGUGGCUCGACUCGCCAGGUGAAGUCACAAGUAUCGCGUGAUUCCAUUCAUUCAAACACAUCCGAUUCUGAGGGCGACCAUGGGUCCACCGGGGGCGGUACAGGAAGGAAAAAGGCACGAUCAGUUAAGGGUCAGGCUCCGGGCGUGGACGGCACCCAGGACGAGCCCACCCCGCGACGCUCCAUACGCAUCAAGCUACAUAAUGAAGAAGCGCUCAAAAAGCAGAGACAGCAUCGACGGAAUCAAAGUACAGACUCGGGGGAGCCCUUGCCCGAGGGUGCAUCUCGAGUACAAGGCUCCGUCAACCUCGACAGUCUGAAAUCACCUACUUCUCCAUCUGUUCACCGCAUCACCAACUCCAAUCUUCCGCAAAAAACACUGGUUUUGGAUUUGGAUGAAACACUCAUCCAUUCACUCGCAAAGGGUGGUCGCAUGUCCAGUGGACACAUGGUGGAGGUCAAGCUUUCCAUGCCUGUCAGCACGGCUCUCACACCCGGAGGCCCGCAAACUACAUUGGGUCCGCAGCACCCGAUUUUGUACUAUGUUCACAAGAGACCCCACUGCGAUGAUUUUUUGCGAAAGAUUUCGAGGUGGUACAAGCUCGUCGUCUUUACGGCUUCGGUACAAGAGUAUGCGGACCCUGUCAUCGACUGGCUUGAGCAGGAACGCAAGUAUUUCCAGGCACGCUACUAUCGACAACAUUGUACCUUUCGCAAUGGCGCUUACAUCAAGGAUCUCAGUUCGGUGGAACCUGACCUGAGCAAGGUCAUGAUUCUGGACAAUAGUCCGAUGAGCUAUUUGUUCCACGAAGAUAACGCCAUUCCUAUUGAAGGGUGGAUCAAUGAUCCCACGGACAAUGGCCUGCUACACCUGGUGCCCAUGCUGGAAGCUUUACAGUAUGUUACCGACGUUCGGGCUCUGCUGGCUCUCCGCCGCGGUGAGACCGAGACAUAG